UUUCCGGUGCAGAGGUCAUAGUUACGAGAGGUCAAUGUGUCCUUCCACACGUGUUUUCAGUAAGCUUCCAUAAGCGGCAGUAACGGAAGGGUAGUCGGUCGCCGAGAGUUGUCACUAAUUUAUUUUGUCCUUAAACGUCUUAAUAUUUCCGUCAUGCUAAAGUCAGUUGUACGUGCGGUCGGAGCCGCCGUUCGCGUUUCCUCUGCCACCACGUCCACAGCCCGAGCCCUGCCGCUCAGCUGCCCGAGAGUGCUCUCCCCAGGUCUGGCUACAACCCGGCCCUUUACCCGCUCUCUUUGGAUGCUGAAUAACAACGGAGCUUCGUCAGGUUACAGGCCAAAAUUGUUCAGUUUAAAAGUGACGAAUCCGUCGAUAUCGUGUGGAUGCGGAGGAAUGCACACAGAAGGUGACAAAGCAUUUAGUGAGUUCCUGUCUGAUGAAAUCAAAGAGGAGAGGAAGAUCCAGAAAAACAAAGUCCUUCCUAAGAUGUCUGGGGGAUGGGAACUGGAGAUGAACGGCACAGAGGCUAAGCUCUCAAGAAAUGUUGCUGGAGAGAAAAUCACUGUUACAUUCAAUGUGAAUAACAGCAUCCCUCCUAACUUUGAGGAAGAGGCAGAACAAGGACAACAUAAGCCAGAAGAAGAGCCAGAAAUUGUGUCAACGCCCAACUUUGUUGUUGAAGUAACAAAACAGGCCUCAAAACAUUCCCUGGUGUUUGACUGCCAUUUCCCUGAAGACGAGGUCAGUCAUGGUGAAGGAGAAGAGGACAGCGACAUCUUUGCCAUUCGUGAGGUCAGUUUCCAGCCUGAGGGAGAUGCUGAGUGGAAGGAGACAAGCUAUACGCUCAACACAGACUCCCUGGACUGGGCUCUGUAUGACCACCUGAUGGACUUCCUGGCUGACCGGGGGGUUGACAACACCUUUGCUGAUGAACUGAUGGAGCUGAGCACUGCUGUAGAGCACCAAGAAUACAUCAAGUUCUUGGAAGACCUCCAAGGCUUUGUCAAAUGUAACUGAUGCUUGAUAGAAUCUAAAAGUCACUUUCUUUCAACACAGACAGUGUCUGGCAGAGUUGGAGGUCAGAUAAUACAGUAAGACUAAAGCAGAUGGUGCAGCACUGAUUGAUCGAUUGAUGCCAUUUCGCUCCCUAAAGAGACUCGUGAUUACUUGCUUAAGUGUCUGUGACAGUGAGCCAUGUCACCACAAGUUGUCACAUUAAUAAUUUGCUGCAAAUGUGUUCUCUGUGUUAACAUGUGAGUUUAUUUUUCUCUAAGUUAAGUUCUUUAAAAUAAGUAUAUGAAGGCCACCAAUAAUGCAAGUCAUAGCAAUGUGCAGAAACCAACAUCAAAAUAAGUGUCUCUCAGUUUUAGCCUUAACUGCAGUAGUUGAAUGUGGUCCGGUUAGUAUUUGUGAACGUUCAGCCAUCCUAAAGCCAAAUAAAGGGAUGAUUUGUCAAGAUGUGAAAGCAAAGCAAAAAUUCCAAUAAAAUGAAACAUUUUAUAAAAUCAGUCCUCACUCACAUAUAUGUGACAGCUUCUGGUUUUACAUUUUGACGGUCCAGUCUUACUUUAAGCGGGCUUAGCAAGGGAGUUCAUGUUGGCUAGUAUUGAUUUGGCUCCUUGGACCAUAAUAGGUGAAGUCUAAAUUUGAAUGACAUACAUCAGCGUGUCUUCAGAGACUGGAAGAUCAGUGUCCAAUAAAAGAGUUUGAUAUAA